UAGCCUGGAAGAUGAAAUUUUAAGCUAGAAUCGACAUCGAAAAAUUUACUUCUAUACUUGUGUUUCUGAUCUCCAUCGUAGCAAGAUCAGAGCUGGGAUAUGUUUAAAAUAUUAAGUGAUACAAAUUACAAGCAAAACAAGCAACUUCAUGGAGCCCAUGCAGUGCGAGGAAAGCACGCGCAUUGUCAUCUUGGAGCAGCUGAAAAGACGCGAAUUGUAUGUGCCAAAUGCACAGAACCUGCCACUGGAAGAGUUGCAGCAAAUCUUCGACGGCUUCAUCGUGCCACAUCCACGUCGGGAAAGACGUGAACGACAGCGUCAUGUGGAUGAUGCCACAACGAAGUCAGUUGAUCAAAUGCCCAUGGAAAUGGAAAACUUAAUGAAACGCAUUAAAGUCGUUUAUGUGGUCGGCGAGAAACGUCCUGGCAAUGUCGAGCCACAGUUCUUCAGCUGUGCUGCAAAGCGUUUAAGGAGCCAGGAGUAACGCUGAGAAGCUCUUUGGGAUCAUGGAGGUUAAUUGCUGCCAACUGCCGAUUGAGCGUACACUUUCAAAGCAAGCAGCUAAAAUCGCUUAGCCGGAAUCAAGAGCAGUCGAAGACUUUAUCCCAAAGUCACUGCCUUUUGGCCAGUGCGCUUUUUUUUUUGAUUAGAAUUUAUCCAAUUUUUUCCUUAUUAUUCUUUUAAAACCAAAUAUUUUGAAAACUAUUCAACACUUCAUUUAGAGCGGAAUAUUUAUUACAUUGAAAAUAGUAUCCUCUUAUUUAUUUUUUUUUUACAUUUUUAAAAAUAAUUUACGAUAGUUUAAAAAUCUUUGGUUUCAAUGAAAUAUACAUAAACAAAAUAAAUAAUUUUUGCAGUUUAAUCAGCUUA